AUGAGUCUGAGGCGUCGGACUAUGCUUACGUAUUCGUGGUAUGGAAAAGAAACAAGCUCAGAUAGGAGACUUCAGACAACUCAAUAUAGGGGACUCCUGAUUAAAUCAGAAAGCUCAAAAACCUGCAUACACCUUGGAGAGUGUGUUUUAAUAGAAGGGGAGAAUGCAGAUCAGCCUUUUGUGGCAAAAAUUCUGAAAUUAUAUGAAGAUAACCGUCAAGACAAGUAUGCAGCUGUUCAGUGGUUCUGUCACUUUACAGAGAUACCACCUAGUAAACGGAAACUGCUGCAAAGAAAGGUUUCUCCCUUGGAGAUAUUUUUGGAUCGAGGUUCAAGCUAUGACACACAAGUAAAUGUGGAGACCAUCAUUAGAAGUGUUAUGGUGAUACCACUGACUCCAAAGGAGGUGGUGCCUGUUACGUCAAAGAGAAAACAAGUUUUCUAUGUAAAGGAAUCUUGGGAUGGGAAAAGUUUUAAGCCUCUGUCUCAUGACCUAUUUUCUCAGCUUUCCUCACCUCUGACAAGGAAAGGGUAUGGUUCCCCCAUUCUAGUAACUGAGUCCGAGGUGCUUCCUUUGGAUAUCAUGUGUUCUGCAUAUACGGAGACAGAGAGAGGCACUCAGAGUGCCACAAAAAACAAGAACCUUGCAAUGGAAAUAGAAUCAAGACACUCUGCUUCUAAGUCGUCUUUGUCCAAGGAGAGACAUUCCCAAAGGCUGGCCAAUGGCAACCAUACCCCAGGAGCAAGGAAGAAGUUACAGCUAAACGGUCCCACAAAAUCUCCUAGAAGUAAACUUCCAGGAUGUGAUAUUCUAGGACUCCUGGUUGAUGACUGGGACUGCAGCGAGGCAUUGGAACCGUCGGCUACUAAGCGAAAGGUGACGUGCACUGGGAUUUUGGGAUCACCUACAAAAAUGUCUUGUACCGAUGGUGAGAGAGAGUCACUAUCAAGUACCCCGGGACACUGGUCUAAGCUAAGUGAUACAAUAAGGAUAUCUCCCUUUACAAGGGACCAGGACUCCAGCCUAAAAACUGUGAAUUUUGAUUUGAAAGGCGAUAGUACCUGGCACUUAAAUGGUAAAAAUGAAGAAGAUGCUAAGGAGACAGUUAAGGGAUCCAAGAAACAAAGCAGACAAACGGCCACCCCCAGAAGCAAUUCUAAAAUCCACACAAGGCACGUGAAUAGUAAAGAUGAAGAGCAAAUAGAGAAGGCGGGCAAGGAAUCAAAAAAGCCAGCCAAACAAACAGCUACUCCCAAGAGCAAUUCUAAAAGCCGCACAAGUUUAGUUGAAGAUGAAGAAAUGGAGAGUCAAAGUCCAAGGGCAACCCCUCGUUCUCAUAGGAGAUGUGUACGGAGGACAUCUGCUCUCAUUGCAAAGCAAAUCCGCCUUUUAAAUGGAUCCAAUGAGGCGGAGGAAGAUGAGGAUGAGGCAGAGGAGGAAGAUGAGGAUGAAGAUAAAGACUUGCUAUCCAGCUCAGACAGUUCUUACUCCAGUAGCAGCAAAGCAGAGGUCCAAGUGUUCUGUACUCCAAAGAGGAAAACAAAGUCAAGCAGAAGACUCAGGACCCAAACAUUUUCAAAGAAAACCCCUUCUGGCACUACUACCCCCAGAAAAACUCCCGAGCUAAGAACCCCUAAAAUGCUCCGUAAUGCUACUCCCAGAAUUCCCAGUCGGUGCCAAGCAGCACGAAAACCAGCCAAUAUAUUAGAAGAGGCACGAUUAAGGCUGCAUGUUUCUGCUGUACCAGAGUCCUUGCCUUGCCGAGAAAAGGAGUUCCAGGAUAUCUAUAACUUUGUAGAAAGCAAACUUAUUGAUGGGACAGGAGGGUGCAUGUACAUUUCUGGAGUUCCUGGAACAGGCAAAACUGCAACUGUUCAUGAAGUAAUCCAUUGUCUCCAGCAAGCUGCAGAUGAGGAUGAGCUCCCUUUCUUCCAGUUCAUAGAGAUCAAUGGCAUGAAAUUGACUGACCCUCACCAGACUUAUGUGCAAAUAUUAAAGUUACUGACUGGUCAGAAGGUAACAGCAACACAUGCUGCAUCACUGUUGGCGAAAUUGUUCCACACCUCUGGGCCCAAGAGGAAGACGACAGUGCUGGUAGUGGAUGAGCUCGACCUUUUGUGGACCCGGAAGCAGGAUGUAAUGUACAAUCUGUUUGACUGGCCAACCCAAAAGCACUCAAAGCUGAUCAUCCUUGCUAUUGCAAACACCAUGGAUUUGCCAGAGAGGAUCAUGAUGAACAGAGUGGCGAGCAGGCUGGGCCUCACCAGAAUGUCCUUCCAGCCCUACACCUACAGACAGUUGCAGCAGAUUAUCUCAUCCCGGCUGAACAGUGUCAAAGCAUUUGAGGAGGAUGCAAUCCAGUUAGUUUCUAGAAAGGUGGCGGCAUUAUCUGGAGAUGCAAGGCGUUGUCUUGAUAUCUGCAGAAGGGCCACUGAGAUCUGCGAGUUCGCUGGUCAGAAAAGCUCCUCGGGGUUGGUCAGCAUGAUCCACAUAAUGGAAGCAAUCGAUGAAAUGUUUUCAUCUCCUUAUUUAAAUGCAGUCAGGAAUGCUUCAUUACAUGAGCAGACUUUCCUGAAAGCAGUUCUAGCAGAGUUUCGCAGGUCAGGGCUCGAGGAGGCAACAGUUCAAGAGGUCUAUCGUCAGCAUGUGGCACUGUGUAGGAUUGAAGGCCUGCAAGUUCCUACAGUUUCAGAAAUUAUGGCCAUUUGCUCAAGGCUUGGUGCCUGCCGGCUCUUGCUAGUAGAAUCCAGUAAUAAAUACUUCCAUAUGCGGGUGCGGCUGAACAUCAGUCAGGAUGAUAUUAUGUAUGCUCUCAAGGAGAAAUAAGACAACUGAUUUUUAUAUUUAUAUGUAUAUUUUAAAUAUUGUCAAGGCUUUUAUGAAUUAUUUUUUAAAAAUUUGGAUAAAAUUUGGAUAUAAUGAAAA